AUGUCCACAGUGACGAAGAGCUCUCCUGCUGAUUGUGCCGUCAUCUUCCCUCCUAUUCACAUGGUUGGAUCACGUUCAUUUUCCCUCUUUUAUUCAUUUUCCUUUGCUUCGUACUAACCUGAGAGGCUUCUCCAUAUCUACACCAUACACGUUCUUUGUAUUUAUUCAUCUUUCGGAAAAGUUCGGCGUACGGUAACCCUAUUAAUGUUCAUUUCCUUGUGUGGGAGCCUGUAUAUCAUCAUUCCUUGAACAUUCUUGUUCUGCGUUUAUUUUCGGUGAGGAUCGCAGGGGCUCAGGUAUGUACUACACAAGGAGCUGAAGAAUAGUGACGUUACCUCCCUCGGUCGCAUUGUCCUCCCCAAGGUAAAAAAAACCGUAAAAGCAAAUCUAGCACCUCUCUCUCUCUCUCUCUCUCUCUCUCUCUCUCUCUCUCUCUCUCUCUCUCUCUCACUUUCUCCCUCUUUCUCGCGUCUCUCUCCCUCUCCCCCUUCUAGUUUUUCCCCUCUCUCCCUCCCUCUCGCUCCCCCCUCCCAGUUCCUCUCUCUACCUCUCUCCUUCUCUCCCUCCCUCUCGCUCCCCCCUCCCAGUUCCUCUCUCUAUCUCUCCUUCUCUCCCUCCCCACCUCUCCGUCUCUCUCCCCAUCCCUCCCUCUCCCUCACUUUCUGGAUUCCUCCUAUCUACCUCUGUCUCAUUCACUUUAAACUCUAGGCUUUUCUCCUUCUUCCCCUCCCUCUCUCCCUCUUUCUUGUUCAUAAACUACUGGCGUUUCUUCUUCUCCCCAUCCCUCUCUCGCUCACUUUAAGUUAUAGGAGUUUCUCCCUCUCUCCCUCUCUCACUCAAUUUUAGACUUGCAUUUCUCCAUCUUCCCCUCCUCUCCCUCUCUCUCUCACUUUAAACUAUACGCGUUUCUCCUUCUCCUGUAAUUACGAGAGAAGGUGGACAGAUAAAUGAUCUCGAGUUCUCAUUAUAGCAAGGCUCUGCCAGUCUGCACCGCCCUAACGCCCAUUAGCAGCAAUGCAAAUGCCUCACUAUCUUCGACUCCUCUCGUUUUGAAAGAGUGAAUGGCGCAUUGUUGCAAGUAACACUAGUAACUAAAUGUAGCUUAUAAUACAAACAAUUUUAAACGAACAACAUUGACAUUUCUUUUUCAAGAACAAACCCAUGUUUUACAAUGAAGAGCUCUGGUGUUCAUUUUUAUUUACUACCGUCUCCAAUGUUUCGUUGAUGAUUUGGAUCAUUUGAGGACAAUCUGUCGACCGCUGCAGACGCUGAGAGUUUUUUCUUGAUGAUCCCCAGAGGGAAUCUGAGACUUAUCUCCCAUUCCUCGCCGUGAAGGAGGGGAUACAGAUCACCGUGAGGGAUAUGUUCUCUCCCGACGCCUGGAGGAUGAGAUACAGGUCCGUACCAACAUCUUUCUACUGAUUAUCUCUAAACCCUCGAUCUGAAUAACAAGACUACAAUUUUCCUUCAUUUUCCAUUUCUUUUCUGCUAGAUUUUGGCCGAAUAACAAGAGUAGGAUGUACGUCCUCGAGAAUACAGGUAGAGCUCCGGACGACAAUCUUUUACAUGCCCUUUCGUUCUCAUUUCGUAAGGAACCUCGUUUUUUUCAAUACCAUUCCCACCGUCAUCAGUUUCUGCUUUUUUUCGGCUUUCUUUCCCGAGCAACCUGUUUCAUUGAUCGGACCAUUCUGUGCAGGGGACUACAUAAAGAAGAACGGCCUCAGUUGUGGAGACGUCGUUGCUCUAUAUCAAGAUGAGUACAAACAACUCGUGAGUAAAAAGAUAAUUUUCAUUAUCUUUCACUUCGAUAUACCUCCCGUCUGCUUUUCUAUUGGGUCAUAAGAAAUCGGAAUCCCGCACACGAUCACUGCGAGCGUUUACAUGGAAAGCUAUACCGAUUCACUCGUUAGCGACAUAGAAGGACAGGAAAGAUGAAAACAUUACAUGUUAAUACCCGUACUCUUUCUGACAUCCUAGUGCAAAGCAAACCUGAGCAUAGUCAAUAAUUCUAAAAAAUUGAUUUUAACAGUUUGGAUCCUUAGGAUCAAAUCCCUCAAAUUGUAGAUAUAGUAGGUAUUGCCAAAGAAAUCCGAGAAUGUAGAAUCCUUUGCAUAAAUGGUGCACAUUUACUAUGCAUCUCACGUUUACUAGUCUGCUCUCUACUAUCGCAUUUCAAUUUGUCUACUUUCUUCCAUGGAAGAGGUAAAGUUUAUAUUAGAAUAAUAUAUUAAUAUUUAUGUGUAUGUAUUCACUUUGUCACUCCAUAUUCUCUGUAGAAAAUGUAGAGCAGGCUCACACUCCUAGAUAGACACGAUUACGAAUACAUUUCAAGGGUGUUCAGAUUUUUCAGCUCUAGAAAUCUUUCCCUGUUUUAUUCAAGAGGAUGAAAUAACUAGGAUAUCUGCAAUUAAUCGAAGUGGAAGUUCACCUGAACAAUUAAUACAUUUGUCAUAUGCAACAAUAUGGUAAAAAUAAUUUCGAAAUUAAGCUAAAAGUACCUAAAAUGACAAUGGUUUAUUAAUUUUUCAGAACAUCAUAACUCUAGUGCAAACAGUGAUUGGAAACGAAGGUGUAAGGAGGUACUCUUUGAAAAGAGAAGUAUAUUUUGUCAAGAUCUCUAAUGUGCAUUUCAUUUGAAAUAAUCACCAUGAACAAUCGUCAUAAACAAUCGUCAUGA